GUCUGAAUAUGUCUCCAAUUUUCAUUUAUGAUCUGAGAAUUGCCUUAGUAUUACACCAUUCUGAAAUGGGAGCAUAUGAUGUGCAUCAAAACAUCUGAACCCACAGUUUUCCAAGAAAGCCAACACCAGAGCGGAAGAAAGUCUGUUUUCCCAUUCAUUCCAAUGAAAGCUGCUCAAAAAGGCUUUGCGACAACAGCGCCUCCCAGAUGCCCACGAAGAGAUGAUGGCAGACUCAAAGCGCACUGUCACAACAGGUCACCGACUCUUACUAACCAGACCUCCUCUGUGUCUUUCUGCAGAUCAACACAUUCACAUGAAGAAGCCAUCCAGAUAAACAACUUGCCACACACACACACACACACACACAGUCAUGUGUAUGAACAAACAUACACUCAGAGUUAACAGGUGUGUGUGUGCAUGAUAACAUGUCUGACUUGUGGAUGUUUUCCUCAUCCUCUCCUCCUCCCAUCAUGCAUCAGUCCUCUCUGUCUGAUUCACCUGCUUUCGUCUCUUCACCUCCUCCCCUCUGCUCCCCAUCAUCAUUCAACAACCAUGGAAACCAUCCUCAUCACAAGGUAACUUCCUCUUACCUGUGUCAGCCCCAGGUAACCUCUGCUCACCUAAAUCCUCAGGUUACAUCCCCAAACCUUCCUCAUUCCCAGGUAACCUCCCCUCACUCUGUGCAUCAGACCCAUCACCUUCUCUGUCAGCCCCAGGUAACCUCACCUCACUAUGCAUCCCAGUCACAGGUACCCUCCCUUCACCACUUCCCUCAUGCUCAGGUAGCCUCCCCUCACCUUGUACCCCAGGCUCAAGUAACUUCCCCUUAUCACCUCCCCCAUCCUCAGGUAACCUCCCCUCACCUUGUACCCCAGGCUCAAGUACACUCCCCUUACCACCUCCCCCAUCCUCAGGCAACCUCCCCUCACUUUGUACCCCAGGCUCAGGCACACUCCCCUCAUCACCUCCCCCAUCCACAGGUAACCUCCCCUCACCUUGUACCCCAGGCAACCUCCCCUUAUCACCUCCCCCAUCCUCAGGUAACCUCCCCUCACCUUGUACCCCAGGCCCAGGUACACCCCCCUCACCACCUCUCCCACCCUCAAGUAACCUCCCCUCACCGUGUACCCCAGGCCCAGGUACACUCCCCUCACCACCUCUCCCAUCCCCAGGUAACCUCCCCUCACCUCCUCUCCCCACCCCAGUCUCACCUCUCCAGCCAAAACCACAAUCCUGGUUUAGAUGAUACAGGUUGGAGCAGGCCUGAAGCAUCUUCUGAACUUUCCUCCUUUCUCAGCUCCUACUCCUUCCAGAUCCAGACCACAGACCACCUGGAUCUUCAUCUCCAGAACCAGAACCAGAACCAGUUCAACACUGGACAAGAGCUGGAGAACACAGAAACACUGUCCUAUAACAGUCACACACUCCUUGCCAGUGGUAUAUAUGCACAGGGUGACACACCUGGUUCAGGUCAGGACACCUGGGGGCCUCUGGAGCCAACUCUGUCCCAGUUUCAGUACUCUCCACUGGGCUCCAUACCUGGAGGAGUCGGCCUAGGGAGAUGGAGCUCCGUGGAUUUCAGCUCAUCAUCUAACGAAGACUUCUCCAACAACAAGUUCUUCCCCGACAGUUACCAUGACAAUAAUGCCCCACAGCCCUUUUGUAGCCCCACUACCCCUAGUCCCCAUUACUCACAAACCCCAACCAUCUCCAGCCCUGGUCCUGAAAUUAACCCCAGGAUGGAGAGAUUGGGUUUUCACACACAACCAUCCAUUGAGCUGAACACAAAUAAAACUCUCAGCUGCUGUCUACAUGAGCCAAACAGCUACCCCAUGACCUCUGAUCCUGCUCAGCUCCACCCACAUCAGAUAAGCCGAAGCCUCCUCCCAAGCCAAACUGAACCGAUCCAGGAUCAGUCAGGUCUCCUCAACACUGCUGACAGCUCUGAGAGCUGCUUCUCUCCACGGGAAGGAAGCCAGGAUAUCAGCAGUGCUGCCCAGUCUCCAGGCCCACAUGCUGGGCUUAACUGGAGGCAUGAGUGUGGAGGAGGAGGAGGGAGAAGAGGAGGGGACAGUCAACUAGACUGGACCUGGAUGAAAUGGGCACAGCAUGAAAACAGCGCCGGGGUUCCAGGCUGCAGGCUGCUGUGUACCAUGUGUCAGCGUGACUUCAGGAGUGUGCCAGCAUUAAAUGGUCACAUGCGUUCCCACAGCGGCUUAAAAACCCUACCAAAAAAGGGUGAGGACUCCUCCCUACCUGUCCAACCCUCCAUCCCCAUAGUGAUUCCCGUCUCUGUGCCUGUCCAAUCCAGAGGAGUGUCUAAGGCAUGUACAAAUGGACAGAGGACGUGUAGUCGCCUCCCUGCAGCCACCGGAGGCGCUGUGCUCUACCGCAGUCUGAUGCACUUGGAAAAAGAGGUCACCAGGGGCAGAGUGGCAGCUGCGAGUGUAGGAUGCCACUACAUCCCUCCACCCAUGCUGUGUCCCCUCAGGGCAGGGCCGGGGCUGCACUGCUCCCUCGCCACCAGAAGGGAGCAGAGAGUACAGGCGGUACAGCUAAACAAUACACACAAUGGACUCGAUGACCUCGUUGCCAUGGAGACACUAACAAAAAGAAUCAAUAAGCCACAAAUCAAUGUAGGGCGGAGCUUCCAGGCUGAAAUCCCGCCCCUCUGUGAGCAUAAAUAUGCCCAUUCCGACUCCCACAGUGCAGUGCUGCUGUGGACACCGCGAGACGAGCUGGAGCAUCCUAUCAAUCAAAACAGAGUUGAAGCUCUGUUGACAAUGGCUAGAUCCAGUGUGAUUCCAGGGGGCGGGGCCAGCCCAGAGUACACUCUCCACAUCCUAUCACAGAGCAAAGGAGACUUCCUGCUGACGGUGGAGAAGCUGCUGUCGACUCCUGAAACCUCCAACCACACAGAUUGGAGUGCAGCAGAGAGGAAGCUGCUGGUCAAAGCCCUGCAGCGCCAUCAUAAAGACUUCAGCAGCAUCCAGAGAGCUAUUAAGACCAAGUCCCUGUCUCAGUGUGUGGAGUUUUAUUAUCUGUGGAAGAAGAAGCUGAGCCUAACUGUGAAGACCCCGGCCAGGCUGACCAUCACUCUGCCCAACACAAAUGAUCAGAGGUCGUCUAGCUCUCAUGAUGCAUCAUGAACCACUGGACUGGAGCUACACACUACCUACCUACCCACACACACACACAGAGGUAGAGAAAAGAAACUGUGAUGAGUUUACUUGGGUGCUAAAAUCCUCCCACCAGCUCACUCAUCACUCCAAUCACAUUUAAGCUCACUUUCAUCACAUCACAAGUCCUGUUGUUGUAUUGUUAAAAACAUAUAGAUCCAGUUUUCACUCGAAACACCUUCAAAAUUUUCAUGAAACUACACUUCCUUAAGACUCUGCUUCUUUAAUGCUGUCAUUCCUCCGUUACUCUGUCUGCAGUUGCUCCAUUUUUUCCCCAUUAAAGAAUUUUCUGUCUGUGAAUUGAGGGCUUAAAGUAUUGAGAAAUUGAUUCUUGGUCUUGGAAACAAACAAACUGACCAUGGGCAAAGAACGAAGACCAUGUGAUGAUGUGACUGAAAGCUCCCAGGGCCUUGCAAUGAAAUGAUAAUGGGUAAUUCACA